CUUCCUUUUAUACCUAUCUUUAUAUAUCAUCGUGUACGACUAGUCUAAUCUAUCUCACUUUGAAGGUAAAAAAAAAUGGAAGAAGCAAAGUGUAGCCGAGUGAAAGUGGAGUCAAUACUAAGUGUGGUGUCCGGUAAGCCGACCGAGCCUGGGAAGGUACACAAGUUGUGUACGCUGGAUCGGGCAAUGGGUUCGCAUACCAUUCAUAUUGUGUUCUACUACGCCUCCAACCCGUUUCUUGUUGGCCCCAUGCCGUCCGACCUAGGCAAUCUCCGGAUCACCCUAUCGGAAUUGUUGGAUGAAUACCCCUAUGUCACGGGUCGCUUGACCUGUGAACCCGAAAAUGGGGAGUGGCUAAUAAAGUUCAAUGACGCUGGGGUCCGGAUGCUCCAGGCCACCGUGGAUGCCACUAUCGAUGAAUGGCUCGGAUCUGUCGAUGGUGUGGACGAGCGAGAUCUCACGGCCUGGGAGGAAAUGCCUAAUGACCCUAGUUUCUGGUCCCCGUUUCGUGUCCAGAUAAAUAAGUUCAAAUGUGGAGGAUUAGCCCUUGGAUUGAGCUGCACUCACAUGCACACCGACAUCACAAGCGCCACAAUGCUGUUCAAGGCAUGGUCGGAGGUCCACCGCCGCCAACCCCCCACCAAUCCCCCUAUCUUCGACCUCCCCGCGCCGCCGCCGCCGCCGCCGACCCCUACACCAUCUCCACCCACCCCCACCACCCCAACCAAAAUGGCCACCGCCACCUUAAAAUUCUCCCCCGCCGCCGUCGACAAAUGCCUCUCCCAAGCCCCCGCCGACUCCACCCCUUUCGACGCCCUCGCUGCCCUCUUCUGGCGCCGUGUCGCGGCACUAUCGCCAACCAAGCGCUCUCUCUCCAUAUGCGUCGACUCCAGAGAUCCAAGCCAGCACGCCUACUUCGGCAACGCCCUCAAAUUCUCGACCCUCACCGUUGAAGCCGACGACCUCCUCAGCGGCGGACUGGGGCAGGUGGCAGGCCUCAUCCACCGCCACGUGGCUGGGAUGAAGAAGGAUGAGUUUCCCUCAGAGAUUAACUCCACUGGGGGAAUGUACGGCAGUGUUGCGCUCACGUGCUUCAACGCGGAGCACUUGGUGGAGGCGCAGAGCGGGCGGGGGAUCAUGUAUGAUGCGGAGUUCAACAAGGGGGAGAGGCCCGUGCAUGUGAGCUACUCCGUGGGGAAAGUGGGCGGGGAAGGGCUGAUUAUGGUGAUGCCCGCGGCCGAGGGCAGGACCGUCACCGUCACCUUGCCGGAGGAGCAGGUGGCGGAGCUUUGCAAGGAUCAGGUGAUACUUGAUUUGGAGCCUACUAUGAUCCUUUGUGGGAGGAGAUGAGCCCUUUGAUUCAGUUUUGAUUUCAUUUCAGCAAUUCAUUAAUUUCUCACUUUUCACUAUAUAUGAGUUAUUGUUUUCUAUUUGAUUGUAUUUUUUUUUCAUUUGAUUUGGUAACCAUGGCCUAAAUCAGAUGCAACGGAUGACUAUUAAUUACUUUUGCUUGUAUUUUUAUCUUCCCAGAGAUUUCACUUCGAGCUGUCCUUGUUUAUUUCCUCUCAAAUAAAUAUAUUGUCUUCUACAGCA